AUGUUCUCUCUUUGCGUUGUCACUGUCCUCGCCGCGCUUGCUGGCCAUGCUGCGGCUCAGGAGUCCCACCAGAUCUCGUUGACUAACAACUGCGGCUCUGGCAACGCCGUCUUCCUCUAUGAGGCGAAUGGUACUCCUCAAGGGUCAACGACCAUCCAGGGGCAAGUCCUUGGCGGCAUCGCCUGGAUUGACGGCUUCGCCGGUGCCAACUGCCUCAGCUCCGGCGUGAACUGCGGCGCCGUCGAGUUCACGCUGAGGAACGACUCCCCGAACCAGAACGCGGUGGACUUCACACUCGAGCCCCAGCCCGAGAACGGCAGCCACCAGUUCACAUACCCCAUGUCGUAUAGCUACAUCGGCGGAGGAGCUUGUGCAGGGAUCAGCGACAACUGCCCAUCUGCGGGAUCGUGCCCGAAUGCCUUCACGGAUCCCACGAACGGCACCCCAUUGCAAUGCAUUGGGAGCAACGCUGGAAUUCAAAUCACCUUCUGCUAG